UGGCUAUCAGUUACGGUUUUGUGUUGGUUUGGUUUGGAAAAAAACAUGAAUUGAAAAAGUGUUUUGAAGAUAAUUUUAUUACAGAUUUUAAAAACAUUUUACCAAAAUAAUGGCUGUAAUUUUAAAAUAUUUAAUUGCGGGUUUAGUUAGAUAUUGGCUCAUUCACAUCGAUUACUGGCAAACUAUAGCAAACAGAGUGGAAAUAGCGACUCCUCUAAACUCAUGGAAAAGGUUAAUUGAGGGAGUGUAUCUAUAUGAUCGAAAUAUCAAUCCUUAUGAAGGAGAUUCAUUUCAUGAAUCGCCAAUCAUGCUUGUGCUAUUCCAUUUUUUAAUGAAGAAAGUACCCUUCAUACUGCCGGCGCUAUUCACAAUACUGGACCUACUAACAGCACAUUGUUUAUACCGAACUUCUAAAGCAUUUAUACGCCUUUUCAAAGAAUCACAAGAGAAAAGUUUGCUUUAUGUGGCUAAUGAAUCGAAGCCAAUGCUAUUGACUGACUCACAGUUGAGAGAAGCAUCAGAGUAUGUGUUAUCUGUGUAUUUGUUUAAUCCUUAUUCAGUGCUGAACUGUGCUGGAAUGACUACAACUGUUGUACAGAAUUUGCUGGUGGCAGCAUCAUUGUGGAGUGCAUGUAGUGGGUAUAGAAUUAUGUCAUGUGCAUUCAUUGCACUUGCCACACACCAGGCACUGUACCCUUUGCUACUUAUUGUACCCAUAUCUAUUUUGCUGGCAGAUAUUAACAGUGGCUGCAAAAAGUGCUCCUACAUUAGAACCCUCUUAGUAUUUGUACUAUUUUGGGGUUUCUUGAUUUACAUUUCUGCACACAUAAUGAAUGGUUCCUACAGUUAUGUUUACAAUACUUAUGGAUUCAUAUUAACUGUUCCGGAUUUGAAACCCAAUAUUGGACUCUUCUGGUAUUUCUUCACAGAAAUGUUUGAGCAUUUUCGUUUGCUGUUUGUCUGUGCAUUUCAAAUCAAUGCACUGGCGUUGUAUGUGGUACCACUCACAUUGAGGUUUAAGAACGAACCCAUUCUAUUAGCAACGGUUCUCAUAGCUCUCUCCACGAUAUUCCGCUCUUACCCUUGCAUUGGAGAUGUUGGUUUCUAUAUGGCACUAUUACCAAUGUGGAAGCACUUGUUUUCUUUUAUGCAACAGAAGUUCAUUGUGGGGAGUGCUUUUAUAAUCAACUCUGCCCUUGGACCUACAGUAUGGCAUCUUUGGAUAUACUCAGGAUCUGCAAAUGCCAACUUCUUCUUUGGAGUAACCCUCUCUUUUGCCACAGCUCAAAUUUUCCUUAUCACUGAUUUGCUCUUUGCAUAUAUAAAGAGAGAGUUCACUUUAAAGCACGGGUCAUCACGACAGGUGGAUGGUAAACCUGCAAAAUUAGUUUUACGAUAGACUAUGACAUUGUAGGUCAGUCAAACUACUUUAAUUGACAUUCAGAUGUCUUGGUUAUAUAUUUAAAAGAUAUCCCUGUAGUAAUGAACAACGAUUACAGAGACAUUAUAGAUUUAAAAAAAUGGUUUACAACUAGUCAAUAUUCUACUUUGUACCCCGCAAAUAUUUAUGGACAGAAGAUUUUCAAAAUAUGUGUCUUUGUUAUGCUUAAAUCGUCUUAUCAAAAAUCAUCUCAAAAACUUUACAAAUUAAGGGCAUAGUAUUCCAUCAUUCCACUCCAUUAUCCAUUAUAUAUGUGUAUAAAUUGUUUAUAUGCAUAUAAACAUCAUGUAUGACCAUUUAAGAAAAUUCUGAAUGUUUAAAAUCUCAACUGAAUGUCUAACAAAGUAUCUUUUUAUUAUAUUUUAUGCUAGAUAUACACUACCGGCAAAAUUUUAAUGUAAACAUGGCGAACUCUGCAUUUUCCUCUAAAAUUACAUUCCUGUUACAAGAAAAGAAUACAAAAAUGUUUCAAGCUGUAUUUUGAGCCUAGUAGUGGUUGUCUCUAAAUUUCUGUAUUAAUUCAGAAGUGGCUAGACUAGAUGUCCUUCCCUACUGGGUUACUAACAACCUCUUUUAACAUUUCAUAGUUAUAACAAAGUUAGUUAUUCAUAUACACAAUCUACACAAAUCUGGUUAAGGUAUAAAUAGUCGAACAAAUAUGGAAAUACUUUGAUAUAUAACCUCAUAUCUGUACUGAAUAAAACUUAAGGGAUAUUUAUGAUCCAAGUACUCACAUUACUAUUAUGGGAUAGCUGUAUAUUAUCAUAAUCUUUAUAUUAAUCUUUCAUCCAUAAUCCUACCAAAGUAGCGUCUAUGGCAAUGUGUGCAAAUAUUUAUAAAAUAGUGUGUUCUUUAAUUUGGGUAUAUAUUUUUUGCAUUUACUAAGUAUUAUAAUUGUUAUAGUAUAUUCACAAGUGUGUUUGGUUGUGUUCAAUAUAAUUUAUAAUUUAGUUAUUAUAUUAAAUUAUAAUAUUAAUAAUUCAUGUACAUGAAAUAUUAAUAAUUCAUGUACAUGAAUUAUUAAUAUUAAAUUUGUGAUAAGUAUUUUUAUGUCGAUCAACACAUGACUCAAAAUUAAAUGGCAGAAAAAAUUUUAACACUAAAAAUGUUUUAUAUUUUGCAGAUUAACUUUUAGUACAAAAGGAAAAGAUUUUAUUUCAAUGUUAUAAUAACGUGCCAAACAGCCCCAUGUCAAUGUGAUUAAAAGCUCCAUACAUGAUAUUUUUUGUUUUUACUGCGAUAUUAAUGAAAUUAUUCUGCUAGGUUUACUUGUCUUGUGUCUUACAGAGCCAUUUAUUUAUCAUUUGCCAUUAAGAUAUAUCACCGCGAAUUUAUUUUGGCAUUAAUAAAUAGGUAGGUAGUUUUAUUGUAAAACAAGCAAUUUUAAUUGCUAAAAUAAAUUUAUUUUAAUAAAA